AAAUUUUUUGAAUUUUUUUCAAAAUCUAUGUGUACCCCUAAUGUAACUGGACAAGUUUUGUUAGUUUACAAAUAAUAAAGUAAAAUUCAUGGCCAAGAUCAAAUCAAUAUUUACGUUUUCUUGCAAGAGUUUGUGAAAGUGGCAUACAUGUAGUUGGGAUCAUAUGAGUUUAUUGUAAUAAUUUUUAUCAGUACUCAAUACCUUAAUAAAAAUAACUGCAAAUUUUAUUUAAAAUAGAAUGAUUGUCCAUUGUAGAAAGAGUGGUUAUUGAUUAACAAUAUAUAGUAUGUUUUGAAAAAAAUAUUAAUUUUGGUGUUACUAGUGUAAAAAUAUAAGAUUUUCCAUAGAUAGAUACUCUCUCCGUAUCACUUUAAGUGGUGUUUAGAGAUUUUAAUUUUGUUUCAUAUUAUGUGAUGUUCUCGUUAUUCUAGAUAAAAUUUAAUGUCAUUAAAAAGUUGUGACCAAUUAUAAAAUAUUGUAUUUUUUCUUAUUGGUUAAACUAAUUUUAUUUUAAUAGUUUUAACUGAAAGUUUGAAUUGUUUAUUUUAGUAAAAACAAACAAGCUCGUGAUUAUGGAAUGUGAAACGCGAGGUUCAGAAAUUCAGAAGGCCAGAUCCUUGAUUUUCUUAGCAUAUCUCAGAAUGAAUUCAUUUCCUUGAUAAAGUAAUAAACAACUAAUUGUAAGUAUUUUACGUCGUUGUCCCUUCGGGGACAUCCGAUAAAAUUGGAACCAAGUAUUUUACGUUAAUAAACUAAGAAAAUGCGAAGAGGAAAUUUAGCUUUCUCACUGCAGAAACAAUUUAUUGAUCAAAUCCCAAUCUUUGAGAAUAGUCUCUAUGUUUCAUGAGUACAGUUUUAGUCAUUAAGUGUUUAAAUCGAAUUUUGUCAUGUACGUAUACGUACUAACAAAAUACUAUGCACACGUUUUACUACCACUAAAAUUUAGGAAUGUGUGCUAUUUAUUAUACGUAAAAAUAAACUAACAAAAUAGUAAGAAAUUUAUUCAGCUAAACUUUGUUAAUUUCAAAUUAUAUAUAUAUUAACGAACUUGCGUUACAAAUUUGCAAUAGAGAAAUAUUUUACAUGUAUGCAUGGUGUUUGCAUAUUUAUAGGGUGUUGAUAAAUGAUAAUCUCAAAGCACACAAAAACACUUAGGAGAUUUUUUUUUUUUUUUUGAAACUCACUUAGGAGAUUUCCAACCCAUAACACCACUUUAAUGUUAAAAUCAUACUAUUUUAGUGUGGUUUCCAAACAAAUCUUUUUUAAAUCUCUAAUACAACUCUAAAAUUCUAUUUUAAUGAGAUUUUUUUGCACAAAAUAUCUCCAACACAGCAUUAAAAAUUAUAUUAUUUUAGUUUGUACUAUAUAAAGUCUUCUAAGUCGCGCUCUGAUUUAAUAAUAUGAAAUGAGAAAUUUGCAGGGACUUAUUUUAGAAAAACAAAGUUGAUGAACAAAUUAAAGUUAGUCAUCGAAAGUGCAUGAUCGUAGCAUAUAUAGGGAAGGGGACUGGGAGGACAAGACAUGACUGCAGGAGUCAGUGUCUCGUUUGCUGCGAGCAACUACGAAGAAAGACACUCUUCCUCUUCUUACAACUCUCGAUCGUUCUUUUCAUAAGACUACAAGUUUAUAAAACAUAUAAACAUAUAUCUUUAGUUUUGUUGGGUCGAUCCACAUUUUUUUAUAAAACAUAUAAACAUUUGAUUUUUUUUUAUCUUUUUGAACAUUAAACAUUUGUUUUUUAAUAAUUGUAAACAACAACUUUCGAGGAAGUCAUGAGAACAAUCCACGAACGUGGGCAUCAAUAGACGCAUGGCUCCAUGUCAUUGCCCCUCCUCCCUCCGGCAACGCGUGCCUCUUGCGCUCUCUCUCUCUCCCUCUCUCCAAUUGCGUUGUUGAAACCCACAUUAGUGAGCACGUUUGUUUCUUUAUUGUGGUUAUAGAAAUAAAAUUAUUAGCUAGUUUUUUUCUUGCAUAAACUUUGCAAAUUACUAGCUAAUUGUCACAUGUUACAUGUAACAUAUAUAACAGGUCGUUACAUUUGUAAAUACCAAUAUAUAUACUUAUUAUAUGGAGACUGGUUAAUUUGGUUAACAAAAUUAGAAGAAAGAGGGUUAGUGGCUAGGUUUGUAAUCUGAUUUUAACAUAAUAUAUUUAUCUAAAUACUUCUCCUUUUUCUCAUCAACUGUUCAACUGUUCAACUGUUAGUGCUUAUACAUAUCAUCAAACAUGUAUGCAGGGGCGGACGCAGAGAGGAGUUGGGUGUGGCCCUUGCCCCACACAAAAUUUUGUAUUUUCUUCAGUAAUUAGCUUAUAAUUUAUCUAAACGACCUUAAUGUAUAUAUUCUUUAUAAUGUGUGCCCCAUACUCAUUAAGUUGCUGGAUCCGCCCCUGCAUGUAUGUACUCAUGAACAUAAGUACAUAACGUUGCGAGUAAAACCCUACGAAAUAGGAAACUCGCUUGGAGACUAUGCAAGUGGUUUGAACUCCAGUAACAAGUCCUUAAAGCUCUAUCUAAAUUCAUCUAAUAGUGAAGCAAAUGAAAGCCAAAACAUCCAUCCGGACGAUCUAUCAUACAAACCAUAUAUAUUGAAUUUGUCGCAAAAAACUAUACCGAUUACGCUAAAAGGGGUGAUUCAUCAUCAAAAACACAAUACAGAAGAAUUCCCAAUAUCUUAUUUUUAUGUACAUUGAUGAUUUCUUAAUGAUCUCUCAUCGUAAUAUUUAAUUAUGAUUAGUGAGUUGUAAACGAUUUGACACCGUUCUCGUUACAAACACUAAGAAUUUGACUUUAUAUAGAAGAUAAAUUAACACAAAACGGCCAACUCUAAAGCCAUGUGGCAUAUUAAAUUUAAAUUUGACAUAACAUGUAAACUCAACGGGAUAAUAGUUUUAGAUUUUAGAAGAAUAAAAGUCGGACCAGGAACAUUUAACCAGAAAACGUUUUAUAACAUAAUACUAAUAAUUAUUGUAAUUAUUACAUAUAGAAGAAUUAUUUGGUCACUUUUAUGUGUGUUCGUAGAUACGGUAGAGAUCAGAUUCUGUUGGGACAGUUUUAAGUCCUUUGAACAGUUCGAAAGGACAUCCUCGACCAAAAUCCUACGGCUAAGAUCUCUCUUCCCAUACUAUUCUAGCAUACCUACGUAGGGAUUAUACAUAUUAGUAAUCAUACUUCUUUCUUUGUAUAGUGAAUUAAUUAUAAAUAUAUUAAGACAACUGGGUUUGUUGAUUUGUUAGUCUGGCUUGCAUGUGCUUCAAACUCAGCAAGAUUUAAGACAUUCCGCGUUACUUCUUAAUCAGCAUUAUUAUCGAAUCAUAUUUUUAUAAAGUAUUGUAAUUUAUUAGAUGUAAAGUCUCCAACAACCACUAAAUUCACCACUUAUUUAAUUCACAUUUAUUUGACAAUGAAUACAAACACACUUGCAAGGAUUUUACAAAACAAAAAGAAACUCUACCAAGUUCCGAUUAUUAGCUAUUCAUGAUAUAUAUCAAGAUGGUUACAUAGUAUAUAAUUUCGGACCAACAAUAAAAAAAAAACAUGAUUCAUAUAUAGACAUAUAUAAACCUUAAGUCAUGAAUAUUAUUGUUAUUCUAAACUUUAUGGAUGAAUUUUGAUAAUGUGGAUAUGUGAUGGAUCUGAAAUUGAAUCUAAUAUUGUCUCAUCUGUCAAGCAUGUAUGUCUACAAUUAUGUAGACAUACAUAUAUAAAUAUGUAAACAAUCACUUUAAUUUUUGUGAUAUGGGAGAAAAAGAUUAAUCAACGCUUUCAAAAACAAAUGAUUACUUAAACCCUUUUUAUAAUCAUUAAAUUAGAGCACAUUCUUUAAAAACCAGUAUAUACAACUACGAAGAAUGUGAGUCACCAAUUCAAAUCUCUUCUGCUUGAUCUCAAGCUCAUUAUUCUCUUCAUAAACAGACGCCUUCUAAUGUUCUUCAUCAUAUUUUUCCAUCAUAGAAUCAGCUUCUAAAGCUAUAAUUGGUUCAGGUUAUUACAAAGCGAAGUUCCAAGUUCGUUAAUCUUCUUGAGAUCUUGACAUUCCUUGGAACAUGGAGAAGCUUCUUAAUCCUUACGAAAAGCAAUACAUGAAAAUGGCUAUGCUCAAACAUGAAGAAACUUUCAAGCAACAGGUAAAUGAACUUCAUAGGCUAUAUCAAGUCCAGAAGAUCUUGAUGGAAAACAUGCAGAUCAACAAGGGAAAUAAUGUAAGCUCAGGACUAGAGACUUUCAACAGAACAGUUGACCAUGAGACUGACCGGUUGGCGAGAAGAGAUUCCGGUGGUAAUAAUACAGAUAUUAUGGACGAGAGUGAGAUCGAGCUAACGCUUGGACCUUCAUGCUACAGUGGUGAGUUGAUGAGAAUGAACAAGAAGAAUAAGAACUCUUUGCCGGAGAUGAUUGACGAAAAUUUAAAUUCCGAUGGCUGGAGUUUCUGGUCGUCUUCGACAGGGUCAAGCAAUAAUAAUCACAACAAUCUUGAAGAACAAGUAAUCCAAGAGAAGUUGAUGAAACAUCAGAAUCAGAAGCAGCCAUGGCUUCGAGCAUUGACCUUGAAUAUUAUUUAAUAGUAUAUAAUAUUCAUAUUAACUAGUAUAUUCUGAAAUAGAUUUGCAUUUUUUUUUCUUUUUCCAAUUUAGUAGGGUUUUUUUUUUUUUAACACGCCUCUUAUCAGGUGCUCUUUUUAAGGUUUACAAGGAUUUUCUUCUUUUUAGUAGUUAUUUUCUAGGUUUCUUGUAUGUCUAACUUUGCUUUUUUUUUGAAACUAAUGUCUUACUUUGGUUAGGAAGAUAUUAAUUAUUUCUGAGUUCAACAGAAAUGUGCAUUGCCAGACAUUGUCAUA